AGAUAAAGAGCCACAGUUUAAAUUUGGCUAUUUUUCUUAAAAAGAUUCAUAGCCGAGGCCGUAAUAGCUCAACAGCUGGGAGGCAUACCAGUACCGAUUCGCCGCAAUUUCUGGUUUUCGCACCUUUCCCGCGGCCUUAGGAACAAAUUUAAUGUCUGAACGUUUCAAUUAAAGACCUCAGUGCGGGCGAAAAAAUGGCCACAUUAGGCCCAAGCUCCUCUGCGGCCACUCGGGGGCCCCAUGUUAUCCGCUCCGUGGUGUUAUUGGGACCCGGAGAACUCAUAGCCCACGGAAAGUGUUGAGCAGAAGUUCUUAGAAAAUAAAAUUAUAAGAGACCUAUCCUGAAGCCCUGAGUGAUUAAAAACGAAUAAAACGGGGAUAUUUUUCCAAUAUCUCUCUCGUGACGUAGUGGACACAGGAUGUAGCAGCGGAAAGGCACUGUUGAAAUCAUGCCAGUAGUAAACAGUUCCCCAUUGGGCACAGUAACAUUUGGUUGUGCUUUUGAUUUCGACUAUCGUGACAUGGAAUCCAAGCUAUUGCAAACGUUUAUAUUUAUUUUGAUCGCCAACAACGACCUACUGUUGAUAGAUGGAAGGCCAUAUUCCACGCCAUACAACCAUAAUGAAACAAAUAAUGGAACAGAGGGGGAUUUCUAUAUUCCACCAUACAGAUCAAUAUUUUUGACAGGAAAUGAACAUUUGUACAAGUCAAACUACACAAUAGGUGGAAAAGAACUGCUGAAACGACCGCGACGGGCAUAUGUGUCUACUUGUUGCGGCUCAACUUCAUGCAAUAGCGAAUACAUUUUGUCGCAAAGACGCCAAGCAAAGUACGACAUUGUUGGCUUUAAUCAGCGGAACAACAAGCUGUACGUAAGAAAACGUAAUCGGCGGCCUAAAACAACACCAGCAUUUGCAAAUACCAAUAACGCAGGCUAUACGGCAGUUGCACGAAUCGUGAACAACGGCCUCAGCAUCUCUUGCAUCGGCUGUCCUGUUGGUUGGCAGAAAGAACUACGGGUGAGGGACAUGGUCGGCUCCAUUCCCAUCGCGUGUCCAGACUGUCCGACUAACUGGAUGGAAUAUCUGCCAAACUCCGAUGAGGAGGUAACCGAAACUCCACCAUAUGAUGAAUAUAGUGAAGAAACCCCCUCGACUGAGGAGAGUUAUCCUGCAAUCACCAUUGAUGAGAAUGGGAACCCAAUAGAAAUCGUCACAGAAAUCGUGGAGGUGGAUGAAACUGACCCAGACACUACUUCUGAAAAUGAGUUAACAACAGUCGAAGAAUCAACAACUGUAGAGGAAACAACAGGAGCCAAGAAAAAAACAGUCGCCACUACUAAGAAAAUCGUUGCGUCCAAUCACACAACAACUCCUUCACGGAAGGUUGCGAGCGCAGUUGUAACUACAGUGCAUCAAACAGCCGCCUCGACCACUAAAAAGGCCACUACUACCUCAAAGAAACCAACAACUAAGACGCCUGCAAGGACUACAAGUCGUACAACGACUACAGCUAAAUCAGCUCCUAUUACCCUUCCAGGCGGGAUGACAAUUCCACCUGGCCUAAAUCUUCCUGGAGGAAUGACCUUACCAAAAGGAUUGAAUCUUCCAGCAGGAAUGACUAUGCCUCAAAACCUUCCAGGUGGCAUGACAUUACCACCUGGAUUUAAGAUUCCAGACAAGCUACCGUCGAAUUUAGGAGAUCUUGCAGCCCUUCUUGGCUGAUAAACG